CGCGAGCUCACGCUCGAGCUGGGAAUUGUAGUUCUAAGUGUUACGCUUUUAAAAUCUCCCCCAACAAUUUCUCCACGGAAACUCAUUUUAAACUGGAGAAAUUGAAGACUGGCGUCUCGUAGAAAUGAAAUACACGGCUUCACUUGGAGACGCUCUUCCUGGCACGAAAAUAGCGGGAUAUGCAGUUUAUUCGUGCACUACAACGACCGACGUCGCCCCUAAUGAAAGCGAGGCAGUGUAAACACAACUCCAGGAACAUGAAAAGAUCGGGUGACAGUGAGGGGGAGAAGAGAAGAAAGAGGCGGAGGCUACUGCAGGAGUUGGGAGACCAGAAGAUCCCCUUUCUGGCACCCUCAGAUCGAGGUUUUCAGCAGCUGUGGGACACCAGUUACUCUGGUCUCGUGCUAAGGAAAUCAUGCUCACUGCCUGCUGAGCUCCAUAGCCGGGUGCAGGCAGCUCUGCUCACCCUCAGAAGGAAGGGAUGCCUCCUGAAGGAUCUGGUUCGUGUUCGUGACCGAGAUGUGUUCACCGCUGUGUCACGUGCCCUGCUGGGCGAACCGGGCCAUACAUAUCGCUAUCUGGACACACGGCUCUUUGCCAUCCCCUGGCACAGUGAGGACAUAGAUGUCAAAGGACAAAACUGUUGUGACCCAGAUUUGAGAGCUGCCUGCAAGGCAUUGUGGGAACUUAACACCUUUUUCUGCACUGAUGUGUCUCAGCUGAAAGAAGGAGACAGGCUAACACAAUGGGCGAAGGGAGAGGCAGAAGCCAAACAAGGUGAAGAGGGGGACACAGAGUCUAAACACAGUGAAGACUCUAAAAAUAGUGAAGGAGGGGACUCGGAGUCCAGGCAGAGUGAGGAGGGGGACACAGAAUCCAAGCACAGCGAAGAGUGGGACAUUGAGUCAAAACACAGUGAGGAAGGCUGCUCUGGGUCUAAACAGGAAGGGGAGUGGGAGACUGAGUUCAAACACAGCACCGAGGAGGGAGAGUCUUCCCAAGUAAAGCCAGGUGAAACCAGUUUUGCAGCAGCUUCAGAGCAUGCUGAAGGAAAAUGUCCUGACUGGGGAGUGAAGGCCAGUGGUGGCACAGAGACUGAACCUGUGGGACUAAAGGCCCAGGAGAAACCUGUGGCCGAACUAAAGCACAGCCUAUCAGAUUACCACAUUCAGGACAGAGAGGAGCACGGGAGUGGCCAGGGCUGUUCUAAACCUAGUCCUCCACAGGUAUGCAGCGGUCCAGUAAAGUUCAAUGUCACCUUACUCAAUUACAUGGACCCAGCCGCAAUGAGCCAACUCAAAGAGGAGCCGUACUAUGGCAUGGGGAAAAUGGCAGUAGGGUGGCACCACGAUGAGAACCUGAUCACUCAUUCGCCAGUUGCUGUUUACAGCUAUAGCUGUCAUGAUGACAAAGGUGAGAGCAGUGAGGGAAGCAGCAGUGAUAAGGCCUGCUGGAGGAUUGGGCUCAAGGUAGCCUGGGACAUCCACACACCUGGCCUGAUGCUGCCGCUGGAGUCUGGAGACUGCUAUUACAUGAGAGAUGACCUGAACAGUACCCACCAGCACUGUGUCCUAGCUGGAGACACUGCACGCUUCAGCUCCACACACAGAGUGGCUGAGUGUUCCAGUGGAACCCUGACCUACAUCCAGUCACGUUGCCAGGAGGCCCUGUCCAACCUGCACACUGACCCCGACACAGGAUCCCAUAGGCUUGUGGCUCUGCUGCCGGCAACGCUACAGGACUGUGAGGAGAUUCACAAUGAGGUGGAGUUUGAGUGGCUGCGGCAGUACUGGUUUCAGGGCCAGCGUUAUGCUCGGUUCUGCAGCUGGUGGACCAGACCGAUGGAGCAGCUGGAGAAGGACUGGAAGCUCAUGGAGACCAUGACUAUGCUUUUCCUGGCUGCAGUGGAGGAGGAAGACCAAGCAGAAGAAGGAAGGAGGGAGAUGGCAGAGAUCCUGCUGUCUGCUUUGACAGACAGACACCAGCAAAGACAGACAUGGAGAGACAGAAACAAAUCUUCAGGAGGUUGGGACUGUCCUCUAUUAUUCAUCGGUAGUAAUGAUGAGAGGAGCUGGCAGGAUCUGUGGGCUUAUUGAUCCUGUCCUCUGGUUUCGUGCCUUACCUCCUGUGGGGGUGGAGGAAAGGAGGUGAGCUCAGCCCAGAUGCACAUCUCUUCUCAGGAGCUGAGAUCUGGCCAGCCCUAUGUUUCUCUUCCCAGGCACUGAGACCUUGGUGCGUCAUUUUUGUCUUGAGAGCCCUGUGUUGCUGUGAUUUAGAGAUACUGAAGUUUUGUCAUGUUAUCUGUUAUUUCGAAAGGUCUGCUUUCUGUUGCUGUUGUUAAUGGAUUAUUAAACAUAAAGCGAUUCCCUUUUUUCUAGUUGUAAAAUAUUACGCUUUGAUUAUGACCCCAUAACCCCACAGAUAACAGUCAUUCAGAAACUGUACAGUUUUUAAUGCUCUCAUGAAUUGUGUGAGUUUGGGGUAUUUUACUGUCUUAAUGGGAAUUCUUGAAUGCAUUAUAUUGGGGCCUUGCAGAGAUUUUUGUGUCCUUUUAUUCCGCUGUCCGUGUCUAUGUAUUUCUUCACUAAACCCACUUCCCCAGUAUACAAUGCAAGCAAGCUAAAUUAGGCCAACCUCCUUUUAAUACCGUGGAGAGGGGAGAAGCAGCCAUUAUGAAUUAUCCUUAAUUACAGCCAUUUCCUAAACUAAUAAAGCUGCUGAAUCUUUACUGCAAAGGUUAGUUUACCCAGCAUGCAUAAAAACCACUUCGUGUGUGUGGGUUCAUGUCUGUGUGUGCGCGUAUGGGUGCGGGAGAGCUGGAUGGCUGGCUGGCAGCACCCAUAGUCCCAUUAAUUUCACGUGGGUUCCCUAUCACCAGCCACAGAUGCCUAUAGACACGUAAAUGAGUCUCCAGCGAGUGGCGGGCUGCCUCCGCCAGCCAGCUCGGGCCUAAUGGUCUGGAAAGCCAGCUUAUGUGACGGAAGGAGAUGAGGGCCUUAUUUACACUGGCACACAUUAGUGGAUGGAUGCUGAUUCACUGAUUAACACGUCAGCCUUUCCCACAUCCCCCCCUCUCAUGCCUCCCUCAGUUCACCUCUUUCCUCUGUACCUUCAAACCUUUAUGCUCAUAGUUACACACAAUAAUCUGACUAUACAAAAAAAUGACUUGCAUAGCCUUUUUUUGUUUUUGUUUUUCUUCUUCUUGAAAUUUACUACACCAUUCACAAGCUUAUACCGGUAGGCAUCUAGUACAUACGCUAAAACACACACACACACACACACACACACACACACACACACACACACACACACACACACACACAACAUUGCCACUCUUGGAAAUGCAUGGUGGCAGGCUGCUGAGAACAGGGAAGCCAUCUGUGAAUGAUAGCUCCUAUGGAAAGAUAAUGUUUCCCAUGCAGCACCGAGUGAGGCGCUGAUGGAAGAAGAUGACUUUUUGAAUGGUUAAGUGGGUAAACGUUAGAUCAUGGCCACAGUGCUCCCAUUUGCCUCACUCACCAUCAAUCCCUCCCUCUCCCCCUUGCUCUGCCUUUCUCUCUUUUUUCCCGUCUACUAGAUUGUUUAUUGAAAAAGCACGAGGAGGCCGCCGAUAAGAGAGGCAAGGCUAAUGCCGUGAUUUGUGUCAGUCACGCCGUACAAUUUGUUACAAUCGCAACACUUAUCACAAUAUAAUAUGUUUAUUCUGGUCAAUUAAGUGGCACAGGAAGGCUCCUGCAUUUGAAGUGUCACAUGCAAGAUGGGACGGGGUGAGGGCGAUCAAAGGAAAUGGAACUAAUCUAAUUGUACAGCAUCUCAAGCUGCUGCCACCUCCGUAGCCCUUGCCAUCGCUGUUCGGCUUAUAAACUGAUGCAUUUUGAAGAAAAGAAGGAGACACAACUACAGGUUUACAGAAACAGAGGUGGCUAGGUGCUGAUCUGUAUCUAACGUGUUUGUUGAACAGAUAAAGGCAGGUGCUGCACAUGUAUGCAAUCAAACAAAGCAAUCUGUUUUGUUUUGGGGAGGUUUUAUAUCAAUUUUUGGCUUCACAUAUAUGCACUUGCUUAAGUGUCAUCAAACGUAUUUAGACAUUCAGUUCAGCACAUACAGAGAGACAAUGCUUGAAAAGCAAGAUUGUAGUGCUUACCAUACAUAUGCUCCGUAAACACAAGAAAGUGCUUGAACUUAGAGCAUUUGCAUUCAAACACAAUCGUACACAUCCCUCAGCAAAGAAUAGGACAUAGAUGACAUAAAUGCAAAGAGUAAAAGUGCAAUAAAUACCCAAAUAAUUGUGCUAUUACAAAGGUUUACAUUUGCAAACAAAUAUAGAUAUAUACAAGCACUUUUAAUUUAAAAUGCAAAUACACUCAAAGAAUAAAUGGUUUAUCAGAAGACUUUUUUUUCCAGUUAUACAACAUCAUGCACGCACGGUCACACACACAAACACACACACACCUGGACAUGUUUUGGCCUAGUCCAACAUGGAUCCCAAAAGAGUCACAGUAUACAUAAAAACAGGCCAGGCAGUGAAGGCGGACUGUGUAGCAGACCAGUGCUUCCAUCGAUCUGAGAGGGUUCAUUAGGUAAGUGCUGACAUCACAGAUUGAUGUCUCUUUAAACCAGUGCCUGCUGAGGAGCUGACAAGGAAAAUCACCACUAUUGACUCCCUUAGUGGUAUUUGUGUGUGUGUGUAUGCGUGUGCCUUCAACGUAUUGUGUGAUAUGUACACGUGCCAGUAAAAUGACCAUGUGCGUACUAACAUUUGGCACACAGCUGUAUCUGUUUGUGCCUGUGUGUGAGUGCACAAGUGUGUUUUCCUAGAAGCCACAUUACAUAUCCUUGUCUUUAAUGGGCUCCUUGGGUGUAGGUGUUCACCAGUGUUGCCAGUUAUACAACCAGCCAUGCAGCUAAGGAGCCUGUCAGCCUGUUUCUGCUUUUACGCCACCAUGCAUCCAUUUGCUAUCAGAGUAGGAAAGAGAUGGAGUGGAAAAUGGAGAUAAAGAGGAAAGGAAAGAACGUUGCGUGGAGGAGUCAUAGAGGGACUGAACAGAAUCUCUCCCCAUCUAUAUUUCAUCAGCACGUUUAGAAACUCUGUUUGGUAAUUAUGUUGUGCAAGUUUCUGACUAAUUUGCAAUCCAGUGAAAACCCCGACAUGGGGCAGCUUACAUUCCAUAUGAGAGCUAAAUGCUGUUUAGUUCAAAUUUAGGAGUUUGGUUUUUAAAUUCUUGUCGAGGAACCAAAAAGUUAUCUCUAUAUGUGACCCCAGUUCCCCGAGCCUCUACUUGUUGAUUGAUUUGAGAUGUCGUUUGUAUCUGAUGCUUUUCUCUAAUUAAGAUCAGGCUAGAAUCGGUGGCAUUGAGCGUCUCCACAAACCUAUUGAUUGGAAUGGGGAAGGAGUCGGUGUUUGUGAGGACACAAGUGACAGGAGUGAAACUGCUGGAAACAGCCAGAGCAUUAGACACACCAGAUCGAGGAGACUGAUGGUCCACAGUUUCCCCACUGCUGGUCUUUUUUAGAUCACCUCUAGUUCAACUUAAAGUUGAAGUUUUCAAGAAAUGUCUGGUGACAUGCUGAAGAAGCACAGACAGUAGAAUUUUGGUUAUGCAACCACAAUAGUGAACUUCUACUAAUGGAAUCAUUUUUGACAGCAUCAGGCUGAUCAUCAUUUUCAAAUUUAAUGUUGCAUUUACAACACAGAAUGAUCUGUUAAGUGAUUUCUUUUAAGUAUCGAUCUGCAUCUGUUGUGGUACAUCAAUACUUUGUGGUGAAAUGUUAAAGUGGCAUUGAUGCCUGGAUCUCAGUGUCACCUACUCAGCAGUCUUAAGCUCUGAUGACGAUACAAUAAGCAUUACCUCCAAUAAACACCACGGUACCACAUCUUGUAGCUUUAAAUGAGCAAUUGAUUAGUUCCUUUGAAGAAUGAUGUAAUCUCAGUGUUCUCAUGUCCAUUUAAAAUGUGUUUAAGUGAUAUAUAGUUGAGGAGAAACAAAAGAAAGUCACUUUAUCUGGCAUUAAUAGUAUCAAUACACAACACGAUGUCUUGAAGGAAGCAAGAAAAAGUGAAACAACUAGAAAAGUUUUCUUGUACUUUAUUUUAUCAUGAGCUGAGCAUAAUGCAAAGUGUUAGGAUUGAAAAAUGUGCAGAACUGAAGGCAAGAUUCCCUUCUAGGCCAUCACCACCAGAGGCACAUUGCUAUUGGCUGCCUCCAGGAGAUUAAAGAGAAUAAUUGCCAGCUGAUUGGCUGUUUAAUAUUUCAUGGACCUUUGAUGCACUGGGUGUUUGUAUUACCUUUAUCAGCAGGCAUAAUAAUAGGAUAGGCUUUGACUCACUUAAGUAAAACAGGCUUUUUCACAGUACAGGAAUUGCUACUCUUCUUUUGAGCAAAAAUGAACACAAUAGACUGUCAGUAUAUUUUUAUGGGCUAUACAAUAUGACAUAUGAUCAUUUGAACUGAUCAAUACUAUUGGUAUCACAGAAAGAUAUAUAGAUAUAGAUAUAUAGAUAUCUAUAUAUAUCUAUAUAGAUAGAUAGAUAUAUCUGUCGGCGCAUAGGUGUGUGUUUCAUAUAAUUUGUUGAUUACACUUUCUAAUAAGUACUGAAGAUGCAGUGAUGGAUUUCAUCUUACAUUGUAACUGCGUAUAAUAUUUAUAUUUUUCAGUGCUGAAUACAUAAUAAACUGAAUAAUAAUAACCGAAUAAAAAAUAAACCUCCAGUGUAAUUUAUGCAAAAUAUAUAACGUCUAUAGCUACUACAACUAUAGCAGUUGUGGUACUGCAGUUGAGAGCACACAAGCUGCAACAACAGUAGAACAUUUAUAGUACUACUACUGUUUAUUUCAGGAUUGUUCAUAUUUUCAACAAUUUAAAAUUUUGGAAAUCCUUCUGUUUUAACUCUAUACAAUAAAACUAAUGUGUUUUACUGGCACUUGCAUGAGUAUGAGCAUAUAUGAGAGAGUAUAUGAGCUAGAUGUGCUAGCUCCACCCGGAUCAGGGACAGCUGCCAUUGACGGUCCCAUGUUCGUACCUCUGCCUGAUGACACUAAUCUCUUUCUGUAGGUGACCUACCUCCUCUUUCCAAAUCUGUCGGCGCAUAGGUGUGUGUAUGUGUGUGUUUGUGUUGUGUGAUGGUUGCCGCGGAUGUCUCCUCUGUGGUUCCGCUUCGGAGGUCCAGGAAUGGUGAGCUUCUCAUGGUUGUCACUUUGAGGUGUGAGAGCAAUCAUUUCCUUGGACAACAGUCCCAUCCUCAUCCCUGCUUCCCGCCUGCUCGGAUUAGUUCCUCUUGCUAAGAAAAUUUGCAUCCAGAAUAUUUUCUCCUAAUUUAUUUUUUCACUAUAUUUCCAGUUUUCUUUUCUUUCUUUCUUUUUUUUUCUUCCAUCUGUGUCUCUUUCACUGCCCUUCUCUGUUUCCUUUCUCCUUGUUUUCCCCUGGACGCUGUAGAGCAUUUUAUUACAGUUGUCAGAAGGAGUAACAAUUCUAUUGUGGGGUGAUUACAACAGGGUGUUUUACCCACAGAUCACCAGAGCAAUUAAAAUCUGUAAAUAAGGCUACCCAUGAUGCCUCAGUCCAAACAAUGGGGUCCCAUAGGAAGUGUUUGUUUGAAGGAGAACAGUGGAAGUGAGUUUCUCUUCCUUUUACUCUCACUCUCUCUCUCUCUCUGUUUCUCUCCCUCAUUAAUUAGGAUAUGCUCCUUCAACCCAACAUGACUGUGUCGAUGGGCAGCUCUGCACAAUCAGUGUGACACAUAUUUCAGACACAAGAUGAAGUUGUUUACUUUUGUGUCAGACCAUGCAUUGCGCCACUACACUUUUGUUUUGCAGAAUGGAAGAGACAAUGCAGGCCUAAUUGUGCCAGUUACAGCUGUUAGGGAGAGGAAAGAGAAAGACUUGUGCCAGCUACUGUGAAAAGGAAAGUAGGGACUCUCUUGUGCAUCUGUGUCUGACACCCGUGCAAACAACACUUACGAUAAGGAUGUUUUAAUGAUAACUCUCACAAACUUUUGUUGUAUGUUGGUUUUGAGCGCUAUUUAAGUAAUCUGAGAAAAUACCAAUUGGCAAAAAAAGAAUCAGUCUGACUAUGACUCUUAAGUUGAAAGUCCCUUAACUCCUGUCAUGUCAUUUGGCCUGUAUUUCUUCCAAUCACUUGGCAGUGUAUCACAAUUGUGCCCUGCCAUAGUCAAAGGACAGUUCUGCCAGGUAAUGUCAUAUUAUUUCAGUGAACAGUUGCAUUAGGAAUCAAGCUAUCCAUCAGCACAGAGGGAUGCUGUAAUUCCAGUUUAGCCUUUAAACCUGGGUUGUUGUUAAUUACCUGGUUCACAGCAGUGCAUAAAGUGAUGCAAGCACUCUAAAUUACUUCUUAAUGUUUCUUUUCUUUGUAGAGACAAAAGAGCUCUUUGUAGUUUUGUGGGAAGACAUGUGGAACAUGUCAUGUAUUUCGUGUCAGGAUGUGUGUGUAUCGCUUCCGCAACCGCCCCCACCCCACUUCAUAAAUUACUCACGAUUGGAGUUUGGGCAGGUUGGUAAAGGAACCAGAUAGAUAGAAAGAGGACGACCGUGGGAGUAUUGCAGCUCAACACAGCACCAUGAUGAUGCCAGACUUCAGGGGCCUAACCAGAGGCUAUAUGCCUUAUCAAGAUCCUGUUUACAGUCAGCCAAAGAAGCUACCAGCCACCCAUUUCCAUAAUGCUGCCUGCGGUCCUCCGCGGAAACUAAUUUAUCUGUGCCGGAGAUGCACCAUGAUGUUGCCUGUUCUGCACCUCUCUCACUUUGUAUUCUGUAUGUUGUGUUUCUUUCUUUUGUUUCUAUCUGGGGUUUUUUCCCUUUCUCAUCUUAUCCUCGCUCCUUAUUUACUGUUUCUUUUUUUUUCUAACUCUUGAUGAACUACUUUUUUCUUGCCUUUCUUCCAGCCAUAACCCCUUAAUUCUGUCUUUUUCUAUCUAUUUGAAUCACUUAUUGCUACCCAACACAGUAUAUAUAACACAUCAGCUUAAUUUUUGAUAAGGAUGGGCGAAGAAUUAGAAGCAAAAUCAAUAAAUAAAAAGAGAGUUGCUGCUUAGAGAGAUCCAAGAGUCAGUAAUUAAACCCAUACAAAAUUUAACUGAAUGGAACUAAAUAUAUGGCACUGCCCGCUUGUGUAUUUGUGAUCUUGUUUUUACCCUCUUGUUAUACCCAUCUCUGUGUGAGUCUGCCAUCUUCAGCUUUCCUCCUUGUACUUUUUUUAUCAUAUGUUUGUGCCGAUUUUUUUCAGCUUGAGCCACUUGUGUAGUUGCCAUGUUCAUGUGCCUGUACAUCAGUGAGCAUCUGCUCUUUCAACAAGGUCCCUAUGGCCUCAAAUGUCAGACCAAGCAGCUGCCAGACAAGUGCAUUGUGCAGCAGGCUUGUGUUUUGCCUCCUCCCAUCCCUCCACUUCAUGUUCUGUGAUGUUAACUGUGAUUGAAAGUAAGUAGGCAGCAGCAACUGGAGGAGGAAUGAUGAGAAAGGUCUCUGUUUUUAAAGAAUUCUGUUCUUGCAGUACUGGACGGCUGUUCUCCGGGGCUUUUGGCCAGGUGGGAGUAGGCGUUAUGUUGUGCAUUAGGAACAGCUUCCUCUGCCCCCUUGUGUGAAAGACCACUGCAAUGGAAAGCCAUUUGUAGUUCAUCAAUGCUGAGGUCCAUGUACUAUAGAUUAUCAGGGGACAAACAGCAUGUGCACUUGAAUCUCAUGUGUGCACAUGUUUGAAUAUGGUUCUGUAUGCUCUUGUACACAGAUUGUUGAUUCCCUGCUGUUUAUCAUAGUAUGGCGAGUGCAAUAAUAUGUCACUGGAUGCCCGUUUCAGAGUAUACAUUGUUUUGCGUAUUUCUUUGUGUGAUCAAGUAGUCACAGGGUGUGAGCACUGAUGCGGAAGAGAUGGAGGGUGAAGAGACAAGCAGGUACCCCCCUGGAGGGACCUUGGGGGCAUCAGGCCAGGGGUAGCCCCUCUAGCUCCCUCACAGCACACUCUGGUUUGCUCUCAGACACUGCUAUUGAUUUGUCCACUAGAUAAGACCACAGGUUAGCUGCUCUACUAAGUAUUGCUCUUUUCACCUCCCUUUGGCUGCAAACAAAUCCUGGAGACUGGUUCCAUUUGAUGUUAGCUGAUGUUCCUUUAGACUUAUUUUUUCUACCAACACUACUUAACCAUGGCAUAAAGCAGGUAUAAGCCAUCACAGGGCACUGUGAGACUCACUCUUGCCCCAUAAAUGACCCAACCCUAAACUAGCAUACUUCUCUAUUGUCUUAUCCUGAAGCUAUAGGAAGCCAUGAGUUCAAUUCUGUGGCAGGUCUACAAGCUGUGAGAAAAGGGACUUUAGCUGUCAAUCAAUCCGCCUUCAUUUCAGGAUGCCAGAAAGUACAAAUUCUGUGUUAAUUCAAGCCUAAAGUAGAUUAGUCCAAACCGUAAGUUGAAAUUGUGCCUGUACUUUGGUAUAUGUGAUCAACAUGUGCAGCAAAGUGUAAGGUUUGAACCUGACAGAUUUAGAUGGGAGCCAAGGCAACUCUUGAUCAGGCUAAGACAGUUCAUCUCAUUGCCAAGUUCUUAUGUGAUCGGAAGUCAGUCGGCAGCACCUCAGUGCUCACUGACAGAUGGAUGAAUCAAGUCUUCAAAAGGCUUCAUCGAUGACACAUUAACAUGAGCCGAGCUUCCUAGAGGACUCUGAAUUCUGAGCUGUCACAGGUGGCAGAUGAGAUAAAGCUACUAUGCCGCUCUGCUUGUUUCGUAACAUAACCUAACUCAUGUUGAGAAAAAAAAGUUGGCACCUGCUUGACAUCAAUUAAAAAGCAGUUUGAGAUGUGAGGGAUGGCUGUUGUAGCAUGUCUUGUAUUUUUAAUUAAAACAACCUCCUCUGAGUCAUCAUCAGCUUUUCAUGUGUCCGAAGUCAGAACAGGUGUGAAGGUAAAACAAAGAACAGUGAAGAAAAGGAAUACCACAAGGGUGUGGGUGUAACAUAACUUCCCACGCAUCGUAAGCCAGUAUGUCCUUACAAGACAUUGCAACAUGCUUUAUCAUUGUUAAUCAGAAAACUGCAGUGUAGGACAACAAAAUACCAGCUUGUCAUAUUGUUUGUUUUUCUUUUGCUCUUAGUUACGUGUCAUUUAUCAUGGCAGAGAGCCAGAACUGUUAGUGUGUGGUAAACUGGUUCUCUCUUGGAUGAGAAAUUGAGGCUGUUACCAGCAAUGUCAGUAGCUGAGGGUUGCAUGCAAAAUUUAACUGAAUGGAACAGGCAUCAUGAAGGAUAUCAAUAAUUUUGAAUGGUAAAUUUUUAGACUACAAGAUAUUUUCUGGUGCAGUGGCAUAGUUAGAAAUGUACUGCCUUUUUCUCUCCGAUGCAUUGCAGCAAUUUGUCAAGACAUAACAAAAGCUGCCAAAAGUAACAGCUCAGAUGCUGUAGUUUGAACCCAAUUAAAAUAAUAAAAUAAUAAUGUGACCAGUAGAACCAUAAAGCAUUUUACUAACCUUUGAUCCAAUUUUUACUGGACUCUUAUUAAAUCAGAAUCAGAAUACUUUAUUCAUCCCUGAGGAAAUUAUGGAACAACUGAAACAGAAUGCAUGCCGAUUGACUCAUGCGCACAACAAAAGAUAAUGGAGAAGCACUGAAACUCAUAAUAGUUUGAAUCAAAACUGGAAGCAUUUUAUACAUGACAACCCAAAGUGUCCAAAAUUCCAGUACGUCUUAAAAAGCAGCAAAAACAAAACAGAAAACAUGGAAGGUAUUAAAAAGAAAGAGUUACAUCAGUCACUGAUACUAACACUACCUAAAAUGUGUAAUUAAUAUGACAAUUAAAUGCAGUCAAAGGAUCAUGGCAAGUACUGCUGCUAAAAAUCAUGCCACCCUGCUCGACCCUUUUGUUUAAAGUGUUAUCAUAUCUACCAUCUGCAUAGAAAUUGAUUGAUAUAUUAAUCUUCUGUAAAACUGUAGAGAUGCUACUUAUUGAAAUAUGGAGAAUGCUUUUGACCUGCACUCAAAAAACUCUGUUUUAACCUUCCACUUUAUAUGAGGCUCUUAGCUACUCAUAGCUGCAACUUUUUAUCUACUUAUCAAUAGCAUUUACCUGCAACAUGAAUGGGGAGGACAGGGACUAAUUGCAGGGACAAAUGUUCCUGACUGUGGGGUUUGUAGUUGUCUGGGCCUAGUCCAGGCCCUGUUUAUCUCAACCUCUGUUGGCAGUCAUACACACACCACACGCACUAUGCUCUGAUUUAACCAGAGGCAAAGCCCUCGCAAACCCUCACUCUUUCUCAUCAAAGAUUCAUAAAGGCAAGGUUCUCAAUGAUUUUCUGUCUCUUCCCGUAUUCACAGCUUGUUGUCCUCACCCUCCCUGUCUCCUGCCAGUCAGACAGCGGAAGUCAGACGGAAUUACAGCUGAAGUGGCCGCUGGCUCCGUGUGCGUGUGUAUGUGUGUAUACGUGAAUGUUGGUUUCUGUGGGUUUAUGGCAUGUGUGCUUGCACUGGUAGGCGUUAGGUGCAGAAACGGGGUAGCACAUGGUCACAAAGGCAAGGACACGGAUGGACAGUGCCAUGUUGAUGUUGUACUAAAAAUGUUAGUAGCCCCCAUGUGGGGAAAAGAGUUAGUCCCCACCCUCUCUUCUCUUCCCCUCAUUCACUCCUUCCGCUGUUCUUUGUCUUCCUUUCCAACCCCUGAGCUCUGUGUGCUGUGGCAGCUUCCACACUGGAUCUAAAACUAGCUCAAUCAGAGCCCCACUCACCAUGCCCAGGGCACACCAUCUGUAGCCCUCUGAGUCCUUCCGUGUGUGUGUGUGUGUGUGUGUGACUAUGUCAGUGUGUAUUUACCUCCCUAUUUAUGUGUGUGUCCAUUUGUGCGCAAGCUUAGAAGCAUGAGUGUGAGUAUGUGUGUCUGCAAACCCAAAGCACCGUGCCUCAGCCUGUUAGUCUUGGUACUUACCAGGCUUAGCCAGAUGAGGGCCACUCAGCCUGGAUCUAAUUCCUUCGACUCUGGCAGCACUUCACUCCUGGCUCUUUUUGCCUCUCAAGUGUGCAUCUGUGACCUUGGCUGACAUCAGCGAGGGUUAAACUGUGGACUUGGAGAUGUGGCCACAGUGAUUGAGCUGUAAGCUAGUUUCUGGAUCAGAGCUUCCGAACAGCCAUCUGGGUGUCUGUGGGGCUCAGAAAGAGGUUAUCCCUCUCUUACACCCCACAGCUGACCCUGGAUCAGCUGUGACAGCAGAGAAUUUAGUAUGAAGCAUCCUCGCUGGGAUAGGUGGUACACAGUGGGGAUGUUUGUGGAGUGAAAAAAAUCAUUAAGAGGGGAAACUAAUAAAGUUGAUCUCUGUUACCAUGUUAGCCGUAAUCCCUGUGCUUUUAUUAUGAAGAAGUCUGCUCAUCACCUUUGAUGUCUUUGUGGCAGAUAGCCCAACCUGUAUUGGCUUCAGCUCUUAUUUUUUCUUUGUAACUGCUUGAACAAUGAACAUCACAUGCAUAUUUCUUUUUUCACACACCAAUAAAAGUAUGACUAAGGGUUAGGUUCUAUGAAACACAGUCCUCAGUUUUGCCAGUGUGGUAGUUAUUACACUGUGUACCGAUAUUGUCAAUACAAACAGAAUAUAAUUAAGUACCUGUUAGACCACAAAGCACUUCUUUUUCAACACCCAGAACACAUUUCAAUGAGUGAUUCACAUCAUCAUGCAUCAACUUAUCUACAUAGACAGGUACUUGAAUAGUGCCACCCAGACACAUGCACCCCAUUGUAUUGCACUGUGUGAACCUUUUGCAUCGUGUUCUGUGCAGUGCCUCAGGGCCUAGCCUGGCUGGUCUUCCAAACAAAUUGCUGGCUGUUCACAACGUUUUAAAUGCUGAGUCCCUCUAAUUACACUAUUUACUUAAUAGGGUGAAACAAAACUCGUGUUCACGCAGCAGGAGUACCAGGUGAUGCAGAAGUUCAAACACCUGGCGAAAAGCACUCCUCUGGCACGGAUGCACAGUAUACACAUGUGCAUGCAUGAAUGCACACACACACUCACAUACUGUGAUGCAAAUACUAGAGGUUUCUUUCAUGGUUGGAUUAGACACUUUACCAACUUUUGGAAUUUUUUUUUGUUCAUACUUUCUUGUUUACUGUGGGAAAAGGCAUCUGGAAAAGUGUAGCUCAUUAGUUACUGUAUACCCAGUCUGACAUUUUCGGAAUUAGUUCUUCCUCUACUGUAAACAGAGUGAGUAAUGCCCAUAUGGGAAUGUGUGCAUCAUCUCCUACUUUGUGCUACUCCUUUGUUUGUUCAUUUUAAAGGUUACACAAAAAUGGCAGAUAUGUUUACCAAAUAU